AUGCCUACUAUUGGUAAUAAAAGAAAUGCUUUUGUUUUAGUUGCAUUUGCAUUCGACGGCGCUGUUGGAGCGGGGGCGGAGCCGGCGCUGUCUAUGUCCGCCCGCGCGCGGGAACAGCUCGCGCAGGCUUGCCGCGUGAGGCUCGAGCGCCUCCGCGACUCCCCGCGCGCGAGCCAGCCGCGUCCCGCGACACCACACCGCGCGCCGAGCCCCGCCCGCAGCGUGCAGGACGCGCCUCACACACCCGCCGCCGGCGCCGACCCACAACCCUACACCUGCGACACUUGCCAGACACACUUCACAGACAAGUCCACAUUAAUCACACAUAUACAGAACCAUACCACACGAACAGACGAGAGUGAAAAUCUCUUUAUUAACCAUACACAAACACACACGGCCUCGAAAGCAUACUGUUGCGACAUGUGUAGUGAGAAAUUCACUUCAAAGUAUCUUUUAAUUCGACAUAUCAGAUCACAUACGCGCACCAAAGGCAAACGAUUUAUGUGUAAAAAAUGCAACAAGAAAUUUACAAAUAGAGGAAAUUUAAAUGUUCACAAAGCAGUCCAUAGUGGAAUAAAACCAUUCGCAUGUAAAGUAUGUAACAAACGAUUUGCGCAUCCAAGUUAUUUAAAAAAACAUGAAGGAGUGCACGCUGAAAUGAAACCACACAAAUGUAAAGAAUGUAACAAGCAAUUUGCGCAAAAACAUGCUCUUGUUAUGCAUGAAAGAAACCAUCAUAGUGGAGUGAAACCAUACAUGUGUAAAGAAUGUCACAGGUCAUUCGCAGACAAAAGUACUUUAGAUAAACACGAAAGAAUUCACAGUGGGAUUAAACCAUACACAUGUAAAGAAUGUAACCAAAAUUUUUCACACAUAAGUUCUUUGUAUAAACAUAAAACAAUCCAUACCGGAGUUAAACCGUACAUAUGUAAAGACUGUAACAAGCAAUUUAGACUAAAAAAACAGUUACAUGCACAUGAAAGAAUUCACAGUGAAGUAAAACCAUACAUAUGUAAAGAAUGUAACAAAGGAUUUGUACGAAAAGAGCAAUUAUGUGCACAUGAAAGAAGUCACAGUGGAGUAAAGCCAUACACGUGCAACGAAUGUAACAAGCAAUUUACAACAAGAAGUAAGUUACUUCGCCAUGAAAGGAUCCACAGCGGAGUGAAACCACAUGUAUGUAAGGUUUGUGGCAAGGGAUUUGUAGAUAAAGAGAAAUUACAUUUUCAUGAGAAUACUCAUAGUAAAGUUAAACCGUAUAAAUGUAGAGAAUGUAGCAUGCAAUUUGCGGCAAAAACUAAUUUAGAUCGACAUGAGAAAGGACACAGUGGAGUGAAACCAUUCAGCUGUAAGGAAUGUAAUCAACGAUUUACAGAAAAACGCUCUUUAGACAAACAUAGAAAAACUCAACACGGCUAUUGUCGAAAGUAAGAAACAUUUGAAUGAAACUUCAGAUACGCAUAUUGGUGAAGCCGUACAGUUGUGAGGAAUGUAACAACAAGUUUACAUCACAGUGUGAGUUAGAGACACAAUAGAAUCCACACCGGCGAGGAGUCGUACGAGUGCGAGAUAUGUGAAUCUAUCUUUUUUGAUGAAGCCAGUUUAAUAACACAUGUUAAUACUCAUGCGACCAAAAUAGAAAAGUCUUAAUAGUUCUUAAAGUCGUUCGACAACUCCGCUUAAUAAUGGGGUCAGUUGUUAACUUAGGGAUUUGUUGGUCGAGUACUCGGAUUAGUUGUAGCCAGGAGCUAGCAUUAAUGUACAACAUUAUAAGUAUACGCGUACCUAUACAAGGUAACAUAUAUGUGAACAUGGACCCUGUGUGUAAGGGUAUAACAAUUAGUUAUUAUCUUAUUUACUAAAGUUUUAACAUAAUAAAUGUUCGUAAUUUAUAAUAAAACAUAACAAUGCGUAUAAUUAACAUUACAUAAGCCAACAAUAACUCCACUGAGAUCUUAAAUGUGUUAUUGCUAUUGAAUUUAUUAACACAUGUAUUGUAUCUUUCUUCUGAUUUAGUUUGUAUGUAAAUGCUGUUAUACAGGGUAUCCCAAGACUAUGGGACAUCAAGGGAAAAUACCUUAAAUAUCGUAGAUAGGAUAUUUUGCUGAAAGAAGACAUUAUUUUAAUUUAAACUGCAUUCAUAGAUUUUUAAAUAAUUACAUGGCUGAACCGGGAAUCGAACCAGCUACACGAGAAAAAAAAAAACACCCUGUAGUUUUAUCACACCGAUCAAAAGGCUUCAUCAUAAGGAUAUUUUUUUGCUAAGUAACAUAGUGUCAGAAAUAAAUAAAUAAGUUACUACGAGUAUAUAAUGUGCCUUAUAGAAAUAA